AUGCCAAGCAGAAGGAAAAAAUUCAUUAAGGCUCGUCGUAAAGCUAAUGCGUGUGAGAUCAAUACUCGGUUGACUCAAAUCAAUAACACACUAUACAUUGAAAAGAAAUUUGGUGAUGAACUAAGCCAUUUGCGCAAAGAGUUUGAGGCUCAGUUUUGGUGGACUUGUUCAAUUGAUAGGAUGAAUUGGGCUCAACUUGAAAUGUUCAAGAAGGCUUUGGAGAAGCUUAGAAACCUUUUUGAACAGCAUGUUAAUAACCUUGUAAUUCAGAAUACUCAUACUCAAACUCUUCCAUUUUGUGUUGACAAUGUUUCACCAUCUAACAUCCCUUUCCAAAACCAAUUAAUUCCACAACAAGGUCAAAUAUUUUCACCAUAA